AUGGUAAAACCUACGUCACAAGUCUACCCACGGAUAGCGCCGGCAUUUUGGCACUACCUGCGGGUAGAAGUGAGUAGCGGGGACUUGAACCCUCCCACCCUUGCUCCUUGCACUCUGCUGGAGCAUGAGCAGCUCACCUAUUCCUCCACGAGGUCCAAGGCGCCCAGUGUCAUCAUCACAGGCCUCAAGCCAGCCACCAAGUACAUAUUUCAUAUCCGAGUGAGGACUGCAACAGGAUACAGUGGCUAUAGCCAGAAGUUUGAAUUUGAAACAGGAGAUGAGACUUCUGACAUGGCGGCUGAACAGGGACAGAUUCUCGUGAUAGCCACCGCAGCUGUUGGGGGAUUUACUCUCCUCGUCAUUCUUACUUUGUUCUUCUUAAUCACUGGGAGGUGCCAAUGGUACAUCAAAGCUAAAAUGAAGUCAGAAGAGAAGAGGAGAAACCACUUACAGCAGAAUGGGCAUUUACGCUUCCCAGGAAUUAAAACUUACAUAGAUCCAGAUACAUAUGAAGACCCAUCCCUAGCAGUUCAUGAAUUUGCAAAGGAGAUUGAUCCCUCAAGAAUUCGCAUUGAGAGAGUCAUUGGGGCAGGAGAAUUUGGAGAAGUCUGUAGUGGGCGAUUGAAGACACCAGGGAAAAGAGAGAUCCCCGUUGCCAUCAAAACUUUGAAAGGUGGCCACAUGGAUCGACAAAGAAGAGAUUUUCUAAGAGAAGCUAGUAUCAUGGGUCAGUUUGACCACCCAAAUAUCAUUCGACUGGAAGGUGUUGUCACAAAAAGAUCCUUCCCGGCCAUUGGGGUGGAGGCGUUUUGCCCCAGCUUCCUGAGGGCAGGGUUUUUAAAUAGCAUCCAGGCCCCGCAUCCAGUGCCAGGGGGAGGAUCUCUGCCCCCCAGGAUUCCUGCUGGCAGACCAGUAAUGAUUGUGGUGGAAUAUAUGGAGAAUGGAUCCCUAGACUCCUUUUUGCGGAAACAUGAUGGCCAUUUCACAGUCAUCCAGUUGGUCGGUAUGCUCCGAGGCAUUGCAUCAGGAAUGAAGUAUCUUUCUGAUAUGGGCUAUGUUCAUCGUGAUCUAGCAGCUAGGAAUAUAUUGGUCAACAGCAACUUAGUAUGCAAAGUUUCCGAUUUUGGUCUCUCCCGGGUACUGGAAGAUGAUCCAGAGGCUGCUUAUACAACAACUGGUGGGAAAAUUCCGAUAAGGUGGACAGCCCCAGAAGCUAUUGCCUAUAGAAAGUUCUCCUCGGCAAGUGACGCAUGGAGCUAUGGCAUUGUCAUGUGGGAGGUCAUGUCCUACGGAGAGAGACCUUAUUGGGAAAUGUCUAAUCAAGAUGUCAUUCUGUCCAUUGAAGAAGGCUAUAGACUUCCGGCUCCCAUGGGCUGUCCAGCAUCUCUACACCAGCUGAUGCUCCAUUGCUGGCAGAAGGAGAGAAACCACAGACCAAAAUUUACUGACAUUGUCAGCUUCCUUGACAAACUGAUCCGCAAUCCCAGUGCCCUUCACACCCUGGUGGAGGACAUCCUUGUGUAA